AUGCCACCAGUCCUCCCCCUCGGCCCGACGGACGUCACCAGUCCUCCCCCUCGGCCCGACGGACGCCACCAGUCUUCCGCCUCGGCCCGACGGACGCCACCAGUCUUCCGCCUCGGCCCGACGGAUGCCACCAGUCCUCCCCCUCGGCCCGACGGACGUCACCAGUCCUCCCCCUCGGCCCGACGGACGCCACCAGUCUUCCGCCUCGGCCCGACGGACGCCACCAGUCUUCCGCCUCGGCCCGACGGACGCCACCAGUCUUCCCCCUCGGCCCGACGGACGCCACCAGUCUUCCGCCUCGGCCCGACGGACGCCACCAGUCUUCCCCCUCCGCCCGACGGACGCCACCCGUCCUCCCCCUCGGCCCGACGGACGUCACCAGUCCUCCCCCUCGGCCCGACGGACGCCACCAGUCUUCCCCCUCGGCCCGACGGAUGCCACCAGUCCUCCCCCUCGGCACCAUAUUGA